GGGCGUCCACGCGACUCGCGUCCGCGCUCCACGGUCGAAGGCGCCGGGCACCGGUUAACCUCCAAUUGACCGGCGAGAAAACAGAGCUCCACAUGGUCCACAUGGCGUUUUAGAAGCGACUUUCAGAAAAGCGCCACGAGAUUUGCACCUUUCGGAUGUUUAGAUUCGACAUACUUAAAAAAAUAUGUCGAAAGGAGAAGCGCCAAUGUGAGCCGCAAAAUGAACGGAACUCGAUUCUCGCGAUGCAGAAACAGAAUUUCUCUUCGACGUAAACGUUUCGACCCUUCGUCGGGUCUUCCUCAGUAAGAGUACAAUGAGAUCGUCGAAAGUACAAGAUGAGAAUACAGUAGAACUUGUGCAUAGAUUGGUGCAAUAAAGAUCAUAUUUUACUUGGAAUACAACGCGACAGGAUGAAUGAAGUGACGCUGCCUCCCUCGCCGAACUGGUAUCUCAGCAAUGUCCUCGCCUGCUCGAGACGCGGAACCGUGGCGUGGGGCGCGCGAAACUUCGUCGUUAUCGCCAGGCCGAAGGGGGACAACGCCAUGCAGUACUCCAUAAUCAAGGACUACUUUAAAGACAAGGUGACCGCGUUGGCGUUUUGUCCCAAUAUCGAUAACCCGGACGGCCCGGAGUUGUUGAUCUGCGGCGGCGACGACACCAGAGCCAGGGUUUGGAAUGUGGAUACCUUAGAGUUGAUAGCGGACUUUCCUUUCGCCGAAGGAAGCCAAUUGAUUGUCGGGGUUGACUGGUCAGCCAAGGACAAUAAUCUUGCGUGCGCAGUGAAUUCGGAUGGUUUUCUAAUGUACUGUAAUAUACAGUAUAAGACCGCGAAGAUAGUACCUCUGAGCAGGAUGGGCAAGAUGACUGCCACGUGUUUAGCUUGCUGUCCUCACGAGUCUAGUCUCGUAGCGAUAGGCACUAAGAGUGGAUUGGUCUACAUUGUUGAAAGAGACACGAUAUUAUAUAAAAUGAGGGGACAUAACGAGGAGGUAGUUAGUUUAUCCUGGUGCCCUUCAGACAUGAAUGUUUUAAGUGGGGAGAAUAAGAGAGAUUUACUUCUAGCUUCCGGCGGUAAAAAUAGAUCUGUAUUCAUUUGGAGAGCUGGUAGAGAUGGUAGAUACGAGACUGUAUUAAACGCGCCAACUAUGCCAAUCUCGCCUCUGACGUACAAAAGCAAGCUCAACUGCACGAAUGGAACCUGGAUCACGGUAUGUUGGGUGGAGCCCAAUCUGCUUCUGACCAGCUCUCUUUGGGGCGAGCUCCUUUCUUGGGAUCUUUCGCCGAACAAAGACAAGCUUAAGCACAAAUUGUUUCAUACGCUCCACAAUAGGGGAUUGUUCACCAUAGCUGCCGUUCCCAAAUACGACGCAGUAUCUGACGAUCCGAGGACAGACUCCGAACUCAGGGUCUGGUCUUCGGCACAGGACCGGUGGGUUAUAUGUUGCAAACGUGACAGCGACCCCACGAAAUCGGCGAUUCUAGAGUAUAAGAUUCCUACGCAAGGAGGAUACGUCUACUGCAUGAACGCUUGUCCUAUCGAUACCUCGCGCGUUGCGUUCGGCGCAGGAGACGCGAUGCUGCGGCUGUGGAACUUGUCCGAGCCUCACGCGACAACUUUUGACAUUGUUAUGCACUGGCAGAAGAUAAAAGGAAAAAUACGAGUUGUAUCGUGGUUCCCGGAGGAUGAAUCUACUGUUGCUUUCGGCACUGGAGAGGGUCGUGUCGGUGUAUUUGAUGCAAUUGGAACUAACAAGCCACCUAUAUUGUACAGGCAAUAUCACAGAAAUACCAUUUACAAGCUUGAAUGGGCUCAACUUGAGUCAGAGUACUAUCUGUUCUCCUGUGCAGAAGGAGAAUUAAUAGCGUACCAAAAGUCCGAGCCGAGUGCUGAACCUAUGUCUAUAAUAAAGAAAGGAUGUUUGGAAUUUUCUUGGAAAUCCAACUUAUGCUUGGCAAUUGCAUUAGCAAAUGGGUCAAUAAUAUUCUACGAUCAGAAGCUGAGAAAACGCGGCAACUCGAUACAUUUUGUAAGGACCAUGGUAAAUUGCUUGACGUGGCAUCCUGAGAGUACAAUGGCAGAUAAAUCGAUAUCGCCGAACGCCAACUACUUGGCAGCUGCCUUUGAUUCGUGUAACAUAAUGAUUUUCGACAUGUCGAAGCUGAUAAGGGAAUUAGAAACGACAGGUACUGCGGAUGUUAUAGAGAACGGGGAUGAUAUUGAAGAACGCACGAUGCACAAGAUGGUGGCGACGCUAAACGGGCACGUCGACAAAGUGGUGUGCUUAGCUUGGAGCCCGCAUUUCAGUGGGCACUUGGUGUCUGGUAGCUACGACAAUACCGCACAGGUGUGGAACGUUGAAAAACAGGAGCUGAUGGGCACAUACAUGGGUCACGACGGACCUGUGCUGUGCUGUAUGUGGAGUCCUCUGAAACCACAGAUGAUAAUGACCGGUUCGUCGGACUUCACGCUACACAUAUGGAAUUAUACUUUACCAGCGCAAUCGCCGAAGCAAGCUUCCGAUAUUAAGGCCAUGAAGAAGAAACAUAAACUACAGAAAAAAUCGGCGAAAAGUAAAACGGAUGAUAAGGAGAGUAAUUCGAUUGCACCAACGAAUCAAUCUGCUCAAGUAACUACCGCAAAACUUGAAUCGGGGUCGCUAAAGAAGAAGGAGAAAAAAUAUUUUAGUAGCAAAGUGACCGAUAGGUCUCAAAUCCUUAAUUUCAUCAAGUACGAUAUAAAAAGUAACCAAGUCGACGAAGGUGACGCUUUAUCAAUAUUUUCUGAGAAGAAAGAGGAUUUUGUAACUUUUUUUUCUAAUGAAAAGUUGGCACAGGACAAUUUGGAUGUCGUUACCGAGAUGAACAUGUGGUGUGAUGAUUUGAAAAACGAUCUAAUUUCUGCAGCGAACAAUGGUCAAUUAAAUGACUUUUUAGUGUCGCUUGCGCCUAGCGUUUCUGUCAAAACGUGGAAAGAAAUGUGCGAGGCGUAUGCGCAUCAAUUAGUAAUGCAAAAGCAUCCAGAAAAAGCGGUAUCAUAUUUACUAGCUGUACACAAAAUUUACGAAGCCAUAGAAGUAUUUUUUAAUGCUAAGAUGUUUAAAGAGGCUUAUGCACUCGCGAGAUGUAGAUUGGAUGCUGAUGAUCCGUUUUUAGAUAAAAUAUUAGAAUCGUGGGCGGAAUGGGCCACUUAUAAAGGCAAUCUGGAGCAGGCAGCUCAUUGUCACGUGAGAUUAGGGCACUUGGAUAUGGCUGCAAAGAUCCUUUCUCGACGAAAGGACAUACACUGUUUAGAGGUAGCGUCAGAAUUGGCGUUUCUAAACGGUGACGAGGGCUACGGUACUUCCUUGGUUGUGGAUGCGGUGACGCGUGCUCUCGUAAAGUCAAACUGGUCGAAAGCACGUUCCCUUAUCGCGAACAUCCGUCAAGUCCAGUAUCUACACGUGCAUAUAGACGCUUACGAGAUGAUCGUGAGCACAUUCUCAGAUCAGACUGAGCUUGACAUGAUGAAAACAUGGUUGGAAGGAAAAGAAGGCAGUGGUACGUUACAAGCUCUUGGGGAAAAGUAUGGUAUUUCUAACUAUGGUGCCUUGCGCAAGAAAGAUGACACCAACAUCGUUCUGAAAAGUCUAACGUUCGACAAAGUGAUGCAGGUAAAUAUUAGUUAUCAAAUUGCCAUGGCGGCCACGUGCGAUGCAGAAGAAACUCGAUUGAAGCACUUGACACGGGCACUAGGCAGUGUGGACGAAUUUGAACGUACAGCGUCGAAGCACGGAUUAACGAAACAAGAUGGAUUCUUCACGCAUCUUCUCACGACGUUGGAUACCAAGAAACCAACGGACGAAGACAGCAUUUAUGCAAGAAGCGAUUGUCCUGUGUCGCAGAGUUUGCGCGCUUACUUAUGUAUCGGUCUCAUGAAUGUGCUAUGGUUACAUUUGAAAAAGCUAACGAUCGAAGAAGAAACGCAGUUUGUACAAUUGAUAUUAGAUUUGCUAGACGACACCAUAAACGAAACAAAUUUAUGUUAUCAGAACAACAUUGUUGAACAUAAUAAACUGGAGGACAAACUUAUGGCUCUUGCAGUGGAAACGAAAGACAAGAUGGUCGAAAAUAGCGAUGAUUAUAGGGAUGUCAAGGAAGACGUGGAAAAACUAAAACUCGAUAUAAAUAAAUUCAAUGAAGAACGAGUUUCCAUACCGGAUCCCAACAUGGUUUUCCGCAAAGCAUGUCUGAUUGCUGGCGAAUUGAAAGAUGACAAUAACAAAUUCCAGCUUUUACAAUUUUUAGAGAAAGUAAUUCAACACGUAAAUAAAUUUGCGGAACAAGAGUUGCCAUUGGAAAACUUAUAUCUCAAUAAUUGAGAGUUAAAAAGUUUGUGAGAGACAAAGUAUGAAGAAUAGCAAAAUACUAGGAUCUUUCAUUAUAAAUGAUAGGCUAUGCAUUAUAUAAAUUACUUUUAUAUGUUGUCCGUGUAAAUCUUAUAAGGUACAUUAUAAAAAUACAGUUUUUUUUCUACGCAAGUGUGAAAAUUUGUCUCCAAAAGAUUUAUAUACAUAUGUAUAUGUGUGUGCGUGUGCGUGUGUGUGUGUGUACGCAUACAAGAAUAUUUAAUUUACCGCAUAUUCGCAAGAGAAUACGCUUGGAUCAAAAUUUUAUCUCGAUGCAUUA